GAGAUCAAUUUUAAUUCACUGAAAUCAAACUCUUAUCUUCAAACACCUCCUACCAACCAUACAGCAUAUCCCUCAAUGGCCCUGCUAAUCUCUGUAGCAGUGAGCUUCUUAAUGGCUGCCACAGCAGGUAACUUCAACCAAGACUUUGACAUCACUUGGGAGAAUGGGCGUGCUAAGAUACUCAACAAUGGAGAGCUACUCACUCUUUCCCUUGACAAGACAUCUGGAUCUGGUUUCCAGUCCAAGAAUGAGCAUCUGUUUGGGAAGAUUGACAUGAAGCUCAAACCUGUUCCUGGAAAUUCUGCUGGCACUGUCACUGCCUAUUAUUUAUCUUCACAAGGGCCAACCCAUAAUGAAAUCGACUUCGAUUUCCUGGGGAUCCUCAGUGGGGAUUCAUACAUCCUCCACUCUAAUCUCUCUCUCUCUCUCUCUCUCUCUCUCUCUCUCUCUCUCUCAGUGAGUUUGUUGUUUUGGGCAAAAUAG